AUGGCUCCAAAGAUUCUUUGUGUUGCAGAGAAACCCUCUAUUGCAAAAGCUGUGGCUAAUCAUUUAGCAGGAGGUAGUGCGCAGGCUUCAAGUACUCGCAACAAGUACAUCAAGAAUUACACAUUCACCUUUGAUUUCGGUGGACAAUGGGGUAAUUGUAAUGCAGUCAUGACAUCUGUAUCAGGACAUCUUACCUCUCUUGAUGUUGCCCCAUCCCACAGGAGUUGGACUGAUCCUCCACCUAAAUCUCUCUUUUUUGAGGCGCCGGUCAUCGAAUCUAUUGCUGAAGACAAGAAAGUGAUUGCACAGAAUAUUGAGUCUCAAGCAAGAGGUGCUAGGGCUCUUUUCAUAUGGACUGAUUGUGACCGUGAAGGGGAGCACAUUGGCGGCGAAGUGAGAGACCAGGCGCUAAAAGGUAAUCCACGAAUUGAGGUUAAGAGAGCAAGGUUCAGUAACAUUGAGCGGGCGCAUGUGAUUCAAGCAGCUAAGCAUCCAGUCGAUCUAGAUCAACGUCAAGUAGAUGCUGUAGCUGCUCGUAUAGAACUUGACUUAAGAAUUGGCUACGCGUUCACACGCUUUCAGACGACCAAUCUUCAGAAGUUAGGAGGACCAUUGGCAGACAAAAUGCUGAGCUAUGGGUCGUGUCAGUUCCCUACACUUGGUUUCGUCGUUGAUCGGUAUUUCAAGGUGAAGAACUUCGUGCCUGAACCAUUCUGGAGCAUCAAGAUUACGCACAGCCGGGAAGAUAUGAAUGUGAUUUUCAACUGGAAGCGCAAUCGCUUAUUUGACCGAGCGGUUGUCAUCAUACUGUUCGAAAGGUGUAUUGCUGCAAAGUUUGGCAAAAUCACCAAGGUACAGGAGAAGCCAACCAAAAAGUGGAAGCCACUCCCUCUAACCACGGUUGAGCUACAGAAAGCAGCUAGUCGCUGGUUGCAUAUGAACAGUCAGAUGGCGAUGACUGCAGCUGAGAGCCUCUACAAUAAAGGAUUCAUUAGUUAUCCUAGAACUGAGACUGAUCGCUUCGAUAAAGGAAUGAACUUGAGAGCUUUGGUGGAGAAGCAAAUCCAAGAUAACCGUUGGGGUCAGUUUGCUCAAAAUCUCAUCAAUGGAGGCUUUCGCUGGCCUCGAGACGGUCGGAACGAUGAUAAAGCACAUCCGCCUAUUCAUCCUGUCAUAUACGUUGCUCCGACUGCUUUAAAACCAGAAGAGGCACGAAUUUAUGAAUUUGUCGUCCGAAGAUUUCUAGCCUGUUGCUCAGAAGAUGCUAAAGGGCAGGCAACUGACGUGGAGCUUGAGUAUGGAAACGAAAUAUUUCAGACGCACGGAUUAGUUGUGCUAGAGAAGAACUAUCUAGAUGUCUAUAUUUACGAGAAAUGGAACAGUAGCACGCCAUUGCCAAAAUUUGCCCUUGGAGAGAGUUUUGAACCUGAUGAGGCCAUGAUCACGGAUGGGAAGACGACAGCUCCGGGAUAUCUAACGGAGCCCGAUCUCAUCGCUUUAAUGGACGCAAACGGAAUAGGUACCGAUGCAACUAUGGCGGAGCAUAUUGCUAAAAUCAAAGAUCGUGAAUAUGUAUUCACGAGGCCCAAGGCGGGCGGGGCUGCCGCUGCUAGCUUUGACGACAACACGCCAGCUGCAGGUCGAGGAGGGCGUGGCGGACGUGGUGGGCGUGGUGGAAGAGGGGGAAGGGAUGGGAGGGAAGAUAGGGGAGGCGCUGCUGCUGAUGUGGGAGGCAGAGGUGGAGUUGAAGAGUUUAUUCCGACCACACUGGGAGUUUCCCUGGUGGAAGGCUAUGAUAACAUGGAAUUUGAAGUCAGUCUCAGCAAACCAUUCCUGCGAAAAGAGAUGGAGCUCAAUAUGAAGGCGAUAUGCGAAGGCCAGAAGACACGUCGUGACGUUGUCCGCGAAAGUCUAACACAAUACCAACGAGUGUUCCUCGACUCCACAGAGAGAUUAGCUGUCUUGAAAGCAGCAUGCAGAAAAUAUGUGCUUAAUGAUGGAGCUGGGCGUUAG